AUGCUGCGCUACUUCAGUCCGUGGAAUCAGGACGUGGUGGGAUGGAUUCCCCCCCGCAACAUCAAACCAGGCGACCUCAUUCUGUUUCGCUGGCUGGGCCGGCACGACGUGCGGCAGUUCCCAACGAUCAUCGGCUACAGCACUUGCAGCUUCUUUCUCUCCAAGACGCUCGCCUCGGGCAGCUACUUCGGGUUUUACCGCUACGUAGUGAAGCCCACGGAUAAGGGCACCACGCUCUACUUCGGCAGCAGCAUCGGCGACGACUGCCAGCGCGACAUGAAGGUCGCCAUCCCCAUUCCCUAG